AUUUAUGUGGUCACAUUAUAGCCUGCUACUUUGUUUUGUAGAAAAUUGUGUGAAAUAGGUUUUUAUUCAAUAAAAGGGCUUGCAGAAAUUUGCUUAUUAAUAAGUUAUUUAAAAGUUUAAAAUGAGUGGUCUCAAUCUUAUUUCAAUUAAACGAAGAACGUAUGUUGGGUAAAGUUGUUAUCACACCCAAGAAGAUAGUUAGCUCUGCGCGCGUAUGUUAGAAUGGGACAACGAUAUUUUUUCAUGUACAUACAUAUGUGUUGAUUGAUUUGUUGAUAUAGUUUUUUGUCAUACAAAAAAUUAAGAACUUUGAUUAGGGAAAGCUGAAAUGUGCGGCUACUACAAAGUAACACAACGAAUAUAUGCCUUAUACAAUCAAAUAUUUGCUUGUUUAAUUGUUAACAUAGCAAACUCGCGAGUGAAAAACAUUCUCUAAAAAUUUGUUUUAUUAAAAUGAAAAGAAAUUUGAACAAGUUUUAUAGUGCAGUUUAAAUUUAACGAUUUAAUUUAUUGUUAAUAUUGUGCACUUCGAUUUAAUAGAAUAGCAGUUCAACUAGAGAUAUAUCAAUGUGCAUUUUUGAAAUUUGUUUGUUGCUUUUGCAACUAACGCCAAUUGCAUGGAGCAGUCAAGCUCUUGAAUUUACAUUGGAGCCGAACGACGUUGUUGUGGCCGAGGGAAGUUCUGUGUUGCUUCAAUGCGCUGGCCAUGCUCAGCAACCUGUACUUCGUGGCAGCAAAGGAAAAGUUUCCACGACUUCGCUUAUCACCAAUAUACGCUGGCGUGGACCUGAUGGUCAAGAUCUGGGGAUUGUAGGUGACACGUUUCGCAGUCAGCUAAAGAAUGGUUCAUUGUAUAUCAGUUCGGUAGAAGAAAAUCGAGGCUUAACUGGAGACUAUCAGUGUCUGCUUAGUAGCGAAGGAGUCGGCAGUAUUCUCAGUCGCCCAGCACUGGUUACAAUUGCCGGUCAUCCGAAUCUUAAUCAGGACUAUAAUGAAAUAUAUUUAUAUCCUGGUCAAACUGCAUUCAUUCGUUGCAUGCUGGAAAAUGAUGCCAGUUGGCAAGUGGGAUUGAAGCAUUCAGUCCAAUGGUUUAAGGAUGAUACGGCAUUACUCUUGGAUAAGCUACGUAUGCUUGUGCUGCCCAAUGGGGCUCUAGAAAUUGAUGAAAUCGAACCCACGGAUAGUGGUUCAUAUCAUUGUAAUGUGACCACCUCGGCAAGUGCUUGGCGGUUAAGUAGCAAAACCAAUUUAAGCCUUAAACCUGGAGUUAGUAUUGAAAAUGCUUUAUCCCUGUCUGCUCCCUCAUUUUUGGUGGGACCCUCACCGAAAACUGUAAAAGAAGGAGAUACUGUCACAUUAGAUUGUGUGGCGAAUGGUAUUCCGAAACCCCAGAUAAAAUGGUUAAGAAAUGGAGAGGAAUUGGAUUUAAAUGAUUUGGACUCACGUUUUUCAAUCAUUGGCUCUGGUUCGUUGCAAAUUUCCAGUGCUGAAGACGUUGAUUCGGGGAACUAUCAAUGCCGUGCCAGCAAUAAAGUUGACUCGCUCGAUGCUCAGGCCACACUUCAGGUCCAAGUGCCCCCAAAAUUUAUACAGGCUCCUAGAGACAAAGUAGCUUAUGAAAAAGAAGAGCUUGAACUAGAAUGUGCCAUACGGGGAAAGCCAAAACCAACAAUUAGAUGGUUUAAGAAUGGAGACGUCAUCACUGCUAAUGACUAUAUGAAACUAGUGGGUGGUCAUAAUUUACGAAUUUUAGGCCUGCUGCAAUCUGAUGCGGGCAUGUUUCAAUGCGUGGGUAUAAAUGCCGCAGGCACUGUCCAAGCAGUGGCUCGAUUGCGUGUUGUUAAACCGGGAGUGCAAAUCAGACAACGAAAACAAAACCAAGGCCAAUCCACAAAAUCACUAGAGACGCAAAACUUCCCUAACAAACGUCGUUACACAAAUAGUUACGGUGAAUUGCGCACCAAAUCAGGUGAUGACGCGGCAUACGAUAACGACAAUUUGCCCUCACAGACAGCUCGUUUUCUUUCCAAGACUCUAUUGGAUAGUCUCCAAUCACAUUCUGACGAAGCUGAUUCUGCGAGUGAGGAAGGUUCAAGGUCUAAUCCUGUGGAAAACACAAAGCAAUUAAAAAACGGUCUUUUGGCGAGGCUACCCAGUUCGCCGCGUAACUUGGUAGCCCAAAUAAUAAAACCACGUUUUGUUGCACUUAGUUGGAUUGAACCAAUCCAAAAUGCCGUCGAGGUGGUUCACUACACAGUGUAUUUCAAAAUGAACAACAGCGAACGUGAACAGAAGAUAAUGACCACGUCCCAUGAAGAUAAUCAGGUUAACAUUCAAUCUCUGUUACCUGGGCGAACUUAUCAAUUUCGUGUGGUAGCCAAUACGAAUUUCGGUAAUGGUGAAUCAUCUUUACCAUUAGAGGUCAGCACACAGCCAGAAGUUAAUAUUGCUGGACCCCCUCGAAACUUCAAUGCGCAUGCACGUAGUCACAAAGAGAUUUAUGUGCGUUGGGAUCAACCUGUUAUCACCAAUGGUGAGAUAUUGAAGUAUCGAGUAUACUAUUCAGAGAACGAAAGCGGGGCGGAUUUGUAUCACGAUAGCGUUUCAUUGGAUGCACUUCUCACCAACCUGCGCCCUUACAUGGACUACGUCAUCAGUGUGGUGCCCUUCAAUAGCAAUGGCAUGGGUGAUCCCUCACCGGAAAUAAAAGUGAAAACCUAUUCCUCAACGCCAUCAGAGCCGCCAAAUAAUGUAACCCUCGAAGUAACAAGUUCAAGCUCUAUUACGGUACACUGGGAACCUCCUCCAGAGGAAGAUCGUAAUGGUCAGAUUACCGGGUAUAAGAUACGCUAUCGAAAAUUUAAAGAUGCACCGCAAGUAAAGAGCACUCCAGCUAAUAUACGUUACUUCGAGCUAAGUGGUUUGGAUCGCAAUGUCGAAUAUCAGGUUAAAAUUGCAGCUAUGACGGUAAAUGGUUCAGGACCAUUUACUGAAUGGUAUCGCAUCAAUACAUUAGAGAAUGAUCUUGAUGAGACUCAAGUACCAGGGAAGCCAAUAUGGAUCAAUAUACACCCCGGUGCCGACAACAUUGGGUUACAUUGGGGUCCACCACAGCAACCAGAAAUAAAGAUACGAAAUUACGUUUUAGGAUGGGGUCGCGGCAUACCUGACGAAAAUACCAUUGAGUUAAAAGAAAGUGAACGUUAUUAUGUUUUAAAAAGUCUUGAACCAAAUACGGAGUAUGUCGUGUCCUUAAGAGCGCGCAACAUCAACGGGGAUGGUCCACCAGUUUAUGAUAAUAUUAAGACACGCGAUCAGGAACCAAUAGAUGUGCCAGUACCGUUAGAAGUUCCGGUAGGGUUAAGGGCCAUUACUAUGUCUAGUUCAUCAAUUGUAGUCCUUUGGAUAGAUACAAUGCUCAAUAAGAAUCAGCACGUUACAGAUAAUCGGCAUUAUACCAUUAGUUAUGGCAUAACUGGCUCUAAUCGAUAUAGAUAUCACAACACUACCAAUCUCAAUUGUAUGAUAAAUGAUCUCCGGCCAAAUACGCAAUAUGAAUUCGCUGUUAAAGUGGUUAAACGUCGCAGAGAAUCGGCUUGGUCUAUGUCUGUUCGAAAUAGUACAUAUCAAAAUGUCCCUGUCACUCCGCCCCGUGAGUUAACCGUCCGACCCGAUGAACAAAAUCCCGCUGCUAUUAUAAUCCAGUGGUUACCUCCCAAACAUACGGUGGGUCAAAUCACUGGUUACAACAUUUACUACACUACCGAUACGACAAAGCGAGACAGAGACUGGAACAUAGAGGCUUUUGCAGGAGAGGAGACAAUGCUGAUGCUACCCAAUCUCAAACCCUACACCACUUAUUAUUUUAAAGUUCAGGCACGCACAACGAAAGGCACAAAUGCACCUUUUUCAGCCCUUGUUUCAUUUACGACAGCAGCUGCCGUUAUUGUCCAGGAGACUGAUACUAUAUCCAAUAGUAUUAAAAAUGAAAAUUUGUUAUAUAUUGUCAUUGGAUCAACUGUAGCUGUUAUGUUGCUUGUAUUAAUACUCAUACUUUUGCUAUGUCGACGUAAGCCUCAAACGAUACCAGAGCACACAAAAAAGAGCUAUCAAAAAAACAAUGUGGGCAUACCAAAACCGCCCGAUCUUUGGAUACAUCAUGACCAAAUGGAACUUAAAAAUAUAGACAAGAACUUGCAUUCCGUCACACCCGUUUGCAGUGAUGGUGCCCCAAGCAGCGGAGCCCUUACAUUACCACGGUCAGUCGUUCAUAGUGAAUAUGAGGCGGACUCUACCAUGCCGGGCCAUUUAACAAAUUCACUUGACAAACGGUCUUAUGCCCCCGGCUAUAUGACAACCUCAAUGAACUCUACCAUGGAACGGGUGCAAUAUCCACGGACUCAGUACCAAAAUCGUUCUCACAUGACUAUGGAAACGGGUCUUUCGCAACAAAGUCUGAUCCAGCCAAUGCAGAAUAAUUCUAUCGUCCAAACACCAGAUCAUCCGUAUUCAGGAGGCUACGAAGGAAAUUUCUGCAAUGCAGGAAGUGGAGCUACAGGCAAUGGCGGAGUUUCGACAAUAGAGAACUCUAAGAGAGGACAUCCGCUUAAAAGUUUCAGCGUACCUGGACCGCCCCCAACAGGAGCAGCCAGUACGACUGUGAAUAAGCACACUCCUGCAGUAACAAUUCGUCCACAAAACCAAUCACCAUAUAAAAAGCCUUCAUUCUCUGCCGCCACCCCAAAUCGUUUGCAAAGUGGCGGCUCCGUGGUACAUUCAACGGAUGAGAUUCAAAGACUGGCCCCAAGCACAUCUACCGAAGAGUUGAACCAAGAAAUGGCAAAUCUUGAAGGCUUGAUGAAAGAUCUUAGCGCCAUUACUGCCAAUGAGUUUGAGUGUUGAUUGAGAGCGUUCUGUAGCUGCCUCUAAACAAAUGAUUUAUGUAUUUCUCCAUUUGUCUGAAUCAUUUUGUUUCAAAUCGAUAUAAGCACUUUAUGCAAGGUCUAUCGUAAGUUGUACCCUGCACAGAAAAUUAGAACGAAAUACGAAAGAUGACUGAAUGUGACAUAUAAAAUAACAUUUCCGAUCCCGACUAUCCGAUUGUCUGUGUAAGCACCUAGAUAAUGCAGUUUAUUAGGUCUGCUUUAAAAUUUGCUUUUUUAAAUUUGCUCUAAGAUUUAUCAGAAUUUGCAUUAAUUCAUACACGAAAGAUAUAAACUAAGUCGUGUACAUCGCAAGUUUCACUUGAUGCUUGGCUUAGCAUUUUUGAGCAUUAAACUUAUAUCGAAUUUAAUAAUUCAACCAGAAGUUAUUCAAAUAAUUCAGAGACUUGAAAAAUAUUAGUAACUAUUAAUACGAUUAAACAAUCAGCAACGUUUCUUUCGUUUUAGAGAAAAUUUGUUUGAAUUGCUGUAAUCUAUUUAUUGCAGGGUGCAUUACAGUCGGCAACCCGACUUACACCAUUAGAUUUAAGUUGAAACAGAUAAUAUAAACUGUAAAUAUAAACCACGCCA